AUGAAGCUUAGAAGAAGUACGAGAGAGAAGAAACCUCCCCAGCAUUUGCAGGAUUUCCAGUUAGAAUUAGAUCCGACAGAGAGCCUUCAGACAUGUGUGAUUAGAGAUGAAUUGAACCAAGUAGCGUCUCUGCUUGAAAGCUUAACACCUGAAGCAGGUAAACAGUCUGCAAGUGCCAACAAACUUCAAACCCCGACCUUUACACCCGAAGAAGAAAAGCAGUCUGCCGCCAGUAUCAGCAAACUUCAGAAUGAGAACUUGAAGUUGGAACUUGAACUGACACGAGCCAAAAUUGAGCUUGCUCGGGUCAAGUCUGCGAUGGCACAUGAAAGUCAAUCCAAGAUGGCCACACCAAACCCGGCGAACGUCAACACACAAAAUAAAGGCCAGUGUACGACCCAAAGAACGCCUGUACCCACUCUAACUGCGUUGCAAUCUGACACAGCGGUUCAGGAGGAGCUUAAAGCCUUAGAAGAGUCACUGGGGGACCCAAUUCUUCUUGGUCUUUCUGACGAAUUGGCGGAUCCAGCACAAAAACUACUGGAACCCAGCACGACCCCCAGAGGUAAGCGUCCCCUGCUAAUUCCAGAUUUUGUCAGUUCCCUCCCAGUGGUUCUGGAAGAGGACUGGGAGACCAUGGUUGACGUUUCUGCUGGCACUCAAAUCAUAUUAAAGACUAGCCAUGAGAAAAAGCACCUGCUCAACAACAUCACCUUUCCACAAUGGUCAGUAGCAAACUUCAGGAUCAUGCACACACUUGUCAAAGAAGGUGCCUUGUCAACUAUGUCAGACAUGAAUUACAUAUCAUAUAGCACCAAAGUCUCAGAUCUACCCGAUAGCCCGUGUCAUCCACUAUAAUGACCUUUAUCGACGAAUGCAAUUCGCCACUGGUUGUAAAUGGGGUACAGAGAGUCAGUUUAUCUACCAGCAAUCCCUCCACAAGCCUGACACCAACUAGCCUGGCUAAACCAAGCAAGCAAACCAUCCUCCAGGUAGAUCAACGCCAACUAUCAACCCGACCACCGGCAAGCAGGUGUGCUAUGACUUGCAACAACGACAAGGCUGCAGCUAUGGCACAGCUCGCAAGUAUGACCAUGUUUGUAUAAAGCCACAGUGUUUGGGGGAUCACCCCCAAUGGAAGCACACAGCUACUCACUACCCCCAAGCCUGAACACACACUCGCCUGCAGAGCUAUUUCUCAAUUAUUUAGUGGAGUCACUUGCAGUGAAUAGCUCGGCUGCAUCACCUAUAGCAGGGAAAUACCCAUACGUUAGUUCAGAAACAGCAGAGUUUGUUUCUGUCUCCUACCAAUCAGCAGGACCCUCAUGUUAUGCGCAGGAGCCCGAUGCAGCCUGUAUUUCCACAGACUUAAAAUAUGAGAUAUGGGCAAAGGACCUAGCUAAUGAUUUGGACAGAGACUUUAUUCUCAAUGGUGUACGAGAAGGGUUUGACUUGAUUCCGCGAGAUACUACCGUUUUACGAGCUUUCAAAAAGAAGAACAGAUCGGCGCUCAGGCCAGGGGCCAAAGAGCAGAUUGAAGAGCAACUAUGUAAGGGCCUCUCACUAGGCCACUUUGGAUCAUCAAACACACCCCCCAUCAUUGUUAAUGCUAUUGGAGCUGUACCCAAAAGGGACUCCAGAGUUGAGACUGAUUAUGGAUUGCAGUCGACCGCUUGUAUUGAGUGCAAACUCCUACAUAGACCUUGA